AUGCUUGCUCAUUCGUCAAGAGAUCGUUCUCGAUCACCACACAAUACAAAUGAAACGUCAACGAUUAAAUCAAUACAAGAAUCAGACCAAGAUGAUACAACAAAUCCAGUUGAAUCAAACAACAAUAGCAAUAACAAUAGCAAUAGCAAUAAAGCCAAGCGAGAAAAUGAAUCCCAACAACGUAUGCGAAGUCUUAAAACAUUCAUUCAAACGUCAAUCAAUGAAUCAACUUCACUUGGCUCCACAUACGACGAACAAGUGAAAGCAUUAGAAACAGCUUGUAUCGAAGAAUAUCGUGAUUUAUCGCUUGAUCGCAUUCGACGAAUAAUUCGCGGUGUGUUAAAAGUACGUAAAACCCAUCAAUCAUCUUCACUGCAUCCUCACACAGCCAGUCCAUUCUUACAUCAAGAUCAUACAAGUGCACUGUCUACAACUAACGAUCGCUUUAACACAAAUGAGAAUACCAGUAAAAAGAAUCGACCAAACUCAACUUCCACUAAUUCAACAUCAAAAACAUCUGAUUUGGUUACAUCGCCAACAUCGACGUUAUCAGCAUUUGAUGCUGACUUUCUUCGACAUGCGUUUUCACAACAGUUUCGUCCAUCACUUGAUCUAUCUGCAUACUUUUCAGCAGCUACUGCUUCAAAUGCCUCAAAUCCAACAUCAUCAUUGUUCCGUCCAAAUUUUUCUCCAUCAAAUUUCUUACAAUCUUUAACAAACACAACACCAAUAGCACCACCACCACCUCCGCUUCCGCCAACGCUUGUUACACCUCAUACGCAUACGAAUGGAACAAGUGACUCAUUAAUGAAUAAAUCAGCGAAGCAAGUGAAGUUAUCUGGUUCUGAAUCCAAUUCUAUUAAAGUUCUUGUUAAUGCCUACCGUGAAGCAGCAUCAUAUCUAUCUCGCUCGGCCGAUGAACUCGAACAAUUAAUCUAA